UUUUUAUUAAGUAAUAAAAAAUCAGUGCACUUUUAUAAUAAUUGAUAUUUUUAGUAAAAAGUUAAAUGACUUUUAUGAUCAACAUGCCUGUCGAUCAAAUUCAGUAUUCCGAAAGAUACACCGAUGAUAAUUAUGAGUAUAGGCAUGUAAUUCUUCCAAUUGAUUUAGCAAAACAUGUACCUAAAACACACUUGAUGUCAGAAACUGAAUGGCGUAAUUUAGGCGUUCAGCAAAGUCCUAGGUGGGUUCAUUAUAUGAUGCAUAGUCCAGAACCACAUGUCUUGCUUUUUCGUCGCCCAAGAAUUCAGAGAGGAAAACGUGUAAUGUAAUAAACUAAUUUUUAUGUAAACAAA